UGAGAGGCGAUCCUGUGCAGCCAGACUCACCUGCACAGCCCCGUUUCCCACGGCCAGGACGCUUCGUCCAGGAGAUCCCAAGCUUCACCAAUUGCAAUUCGCAGGAGGAUGGCGUCAACGCUGUCUGUGCGCAGCUACUCGGUGCGCCAGCCUUCAUUCUCUAGCGUGUCGGUGAGGGAUGGCGCCAGGAGCGGCGCCCGCUCCAAACCGGCCAUGUCCAUGGCCGGCGCCCUGUCGCGCUCCGUGUCGGUGGGCAACGGGCUCCACCUGCUGGGCGCCGGCCUGUCCCUGAACGGGCUGGGAGCGGGGGCCAGUGAGAAGGAGACCAUGCGGGGGCUGAACGACCGUCUGGCCAACUACCUGGACAAGGUGCGCUCCCUGGAGAGGUCCAACGCCGAGCUGGAGAUGAAAAUCAAACAACUGAUGGUGGAGAGGCAGCCCAAAGGACACGACGUGGACAACAUGAUGGCUCAGGCGCACGCCAUCGGGCAAGAGGUGCGGAAGAGGACGCUGGAAAACGCCCGCCUCAUGCUGGAGAUCGACAACGCCAAGCUGGCGGCCGAUGACUUCAGGGUCAAGUGGGAGGCGGAGGUGGCCUUGUGUCAGUCGGUCGAGCGCGACUGCCAGGCCCUGAGGCGAGCCAAGUCCGAUCACGACCAGAUUAUCUCCAUGCUGAGAGGGGACCUGGACAGCCUCAAGGAGGAGCUCUACUUCCUCAAGAAGAACCACGACGAGGAGAAGAGCUCCUUCAAGGUCCGCCUGGCCAAUGAGCAGGUGAACGUGGAAGUGGACGCCGCUCAGGGCCCCGAUUUGGGUGCCAUCAUGGCCGAGCUGAGGGUCCAGUAUGAGGGCAUCGCACGCAAGAACAAGGAGGAGGCCGAGGCCUGGUACCUCAAGAAGCUGGACGCUGUGCAGUCGGAGGUGAAGGAGAGCAACGAGGCGCUCCGAUGUGCCCAAAGCGAGCUGGGCGAGAGGCGACGUUUCCUGCAGGCGCUCGAGGUAGAACUGGACAGUCUUCGCAAGCAGGCAGGUAUGCUGGAGGGCAACUUGAUGGAGACGGACCACAAGUACUCGGUGGAGAUGGACCGCCUGCAGGUGGCGCUGGUGCAGCUGGAGGAUGAGCUGUCUCAGCUGCGCCUGGAUAUGCAGCGCCACAAGACCGACUACGAGCAGCUUCUGCGCAUCAAGCAGAACCUGGAGAUGGAGAUCGCCACCUACAGGAAGCUGCUGGAAGGAGAGGAGAUGGUGAAAGAAAAACCUCCAACUCCUAAAAAAGACCCUGACGUGCGCACCAGGAAGAUUGUCAAGGUGGUCACUCAGACGAUGGUCAACGGCAAAGUGGUGGAUGAGUCCAGCGAGGUGGAGCAGAUUGAGGAGCAUAAAAAAUGAGCAACUGUGGAGCCUGACACAGCCCUAAAAAGCGCCUGCUGGUCCAUGGAUGAAGCUUCAAGAAAACCUUAUUGAUGGCAAUGCAACUUUGCCAAAAAGGAUGCGCCUUGUCCUGACAUAUUAGGAAAACUGCAAUUACAUACAAAUAGAAUCAUCAUGUAAUGACAAUUAAAAACAAGGAGUGAUGAA